AGGCCACUCCUGCUACUUCAAAAGAGGUCUCACCUGGAGUGGAUGCCAUAGACAGGAACAAGAACAUCCAUGUAAGCAGCAAGGUGAGAUCCAAAGGCCCUGUGCUAAGCACCCAUAAUCCUCUGGGGGCACCACCCCUAAAAACAGCAUCCCCACCAUGUUUAACCUAAUGAAGAAAGAUAAGGACAAAGAUGGUGGGCGGAAGGAGAAGAAGGAGAAAAAGGAGAAGAAGGAACGAAUGUCAGCGGCAGAGCUAAGGAGCCUGGAGGAGAUGAGCCUACGCCGUGGCUUCUUCAACCUAAACCGCUCCUCCAAACGUGAGUCCAAGACACGCCUGGAAAUCUCCAACCCCAUCCCCAUCAAAGUGGCCAGUGGCUCCGACCUGCACCUGACUGACAUUGACUCCGACAGCAAUCGGGGCAGUAUCAUCCUGGACUCAGGCCACCUAAGCACAGCCAGCUCGAGCGAUGACCUCAAGGGAGAGGAAGGCAGCUUCCGGGGCUCUGUGCUGCAGCGGGCAGCCAAGUUCGGCUCGCUGGCCAAGCAGAACUCACAGAUGAUUGUCAAGCGCUUUUCCUUCUCCCAGCGUAGCCGGGAUGAGAGUGCCUCGGAAACCUCAACCCCCUCGGAGCACUCUGCUGCCCCAUCACCGCAGGUGGAGGUGAGGACUCUAGAGGGACAGCUGACGCAGCACCCUGGCUCAGGCCUCCCUCGGCCAGGGCCCCGAUCUCGAGUCCCUGAGCUGGUGACGAAAAGGUUCCCAGCCGACCUGCGCCUUCCCCCAGUAGUCCCACCACCACCCCCUGCCCCCCGGGAGCUGGAGCUGCAACGAAGGCCCACUGGAGACUUUGGCUUCUCCCUUCGGCGCACAACCAUGCUGGAUCGGGGACCUGAAGGCCAGGCCUAUCGGCGAGUGGUUCACUUUGCUGAGCCUGGUGCAGGCACCAAGGACCUGGCCCUGGGCCUGGUGCCAGGAGAUCGACUGGUGGAGAUUAAUAGGCACAAUGUGGAGAGCAAAUCCAGGGAUGAGAUUGUAGAGAUGAUCCGGCAGUCUGGAGACAGCGUAUGGCUCAAGGUGCAGCCUAUCCCAGAGCUCAGUGAGCUGAGCCGGAGCUGGCUGCGGAGCGGCGAGGGACACCGCAGGGAGCCAGCUGAUCUGGACCCUGAGCCCGCCUCUCCUGCCCUCAGCCAGGUAGGGUGCUCCUGCCCUCCUCAGGAGCCCUCCGCUUCUUCUGGUGACCACCUCCCACCCCUGGCCUGUACCUGGGCUGGCGUCUGUGCUCGGGCCUCUUGCUGGAGUGCCAAGACCGAAGAGCAGAUUGCAGCUGAGGAGGCCUGGUAUGAGACUGAGAAGGUGUGGCUGGUCCAUAAAGAUGGCUUCUCCCUGGCCAGCCAGCUCAAAUCAGAGGAGCUCAGCUUACCUGAGGGGAAGGUGCGUGUGAAGCUGGACCACGAUGGAGCCAUCUUGGACGUCGAUGAGGAUGAUGUAGAGAAGGCUAAUGCACCCUCCUGCGACCGGCUAGAAGAUCUGGCCUCACUGGUGUACCUCAAUGAGCCCAGCGUCCUGCACACACUGCGCCAGCGCUACGGUGCUAGCCUGCUGCACACCUAUGCUGGCCCCAGCCUGCUCGUCCUCAGCCCCCGAGGGGCCCCAUCUGUGUACUCAGAGAAGGUGAUGCACAUGUUCAAAGGGUGUCGGCGGGAGGACAUGGCACCCCACAUCUAUGCUGUGGCCCAGACAGCAUACAGAGCAAUGCUGAUGAGCCGCCAGGACCAGUCCAUCGUCCUUCUGGGCAGUAGCGGCAGUGGCAAGACCACCAGCUGCCAGCAUCUGGUGCAAUACCUGGCCACCAUUGCAGGCACCAGUGGGAACAAGGUGUUUUCUGCAGAGAAGUGGCAGGCUCUGUACACCCUCCUGGAAGCCUUUGGGAACAGCCCUACCAUCAUGAAUGGCAGUGCUACCCGUUUCUCCCAGAUCCUCUCCCUGGACUUUGACCAAGCUGGCCAGGUGGCCUCAGCCUCCAUUCAGACUAUGCUUCUGGAAAAGCUGCGUGUGGCCCGACGCCCAGCCAGUGAGGCCACGUUCAACAUCUUCUACUACCUGCUGGCCUGUGGGGAUGGCACCCUCAGGACAGAGCUUCACUUGAACCAUUUGGCAGAGAACAAUGUGUUUGGGAUUGUGCCACUGGCCAAGCCUGAAGAGAAGCAGAAGGCAGCACAGCAGUUCAGUAAGCUGCAGACAGCCAUGAAGGUCUUAGGCAUCUCCUCCGAUGAACAGAAGGCCUGCUGGCUCAUCCUGGCUGCCAUCUACCACCUGGGGGCCGCAGGAGCCACCAAAGAAGCUGCUGAAGCUGGCCGCAAGCAGUUUGCCCGUCACGAGUGGGCCCAGAAGGCCGCAUACCUUCUGGGCUGCAGCCUGGAGGAGCUGUCCUCUGCGAUCUUCAAGCAUCAGCACAAGGGUGGCACCCUGCAGCGCUCCACCUCCUUCCUCCAAGGGCCCGAGGAGAGCAGCCUGGGAGAUGGUACAGGCUCCAAAUUGAGUGCAUUGGAGUACUUAGAGGGAAUGGCAUCUGGCCUCUACAGUGAACUGUUUACACUUCUCAUCUCCCUGGUAAACAGGGCUCUCAAGUCCAGCCAACACUCGCUCUGCUCCAUGAUGAUUGUGGACACUCCGGGAUUCCAGAACCCCGAGCUGGCUGGGUCAGCGCGUGGAGCCUCCUUUGAGGAGCUGUGCCACAACUACACCCAGGACCGGCUGCAGAGGCUGUUCCACGAACGCACCUUUGUGCAGGAGUUGGAGAGAUACAAGGAGGAGAACAUUGAGCUGGCAUUUGAUGACUUGGACUCGGCCACAAAUGACUCUGUGGCUGCUGUGGACCAGACUUCUCACCAGUCCCUGGUCCGCUCGCUGGCCCGCGCGGAUGAGGCAAGGGGCCUGCUGUGGUUGCUGGAAGAGGAAGCACUGGUACCAGGAGCCACUGAGGAUGCCCUCCUAGAGCGCCUUUUCUCCUAUUAUGGCCCUCAGGAAGGUGACAAAAAAGGCCAAAGCCCGCUUCUGCGCAGCAGCAGACCACACCAUUUUCUCCUGGGACACAGUCAUAACACCAACUGGGUGGAGUACAACAUGGCUGGCUGGCUGAGCUACACCAAGCAGAACCCAGCCACCCAGAAUGCCCCUCGGCUUCUGCAGGACUCCCAGAAAAAGAUCAUCAGCAACCUGUUUCUGGGCCGGGCAGGCAGUGCCACCGUGCUGUCAGGAUCCAUUGCGGGCCUGGAGGGCGGCUCACAGCUGGCACUGCGCCGGGCUACUAGCAUGCGGAAGACCUUUACCACGGGCAUGGCAGCUGUGAAGAAGAAGUCUCUGUGCAUCCAGAUUAAGCUGCAGGUGGAUGCCCUCAUUGACACCAUCAAGAGGUCCAAGAUGCAUUUCGUGCACUGCUUCCUGCCUGUGGCUGAGGGCUGGGUCGGGGAGCCCCGGUCUGCCUCCUCCCGCCGUGUCAGCAGCAGCAGUGAGCUGGAUCUCCCCCAGGGAGACCCCUGCGAGACUGGGCUCCUGCAGCUUGAUGUGCCCCUGCUCCGUGCCCAGCUCCGGGGCUCCCGCUUACUUGAUGCCAUGCGCAUGUACCGCCAAGGGUACCCUGACCACAUGGUGUUCUCUGAGUUCCGCCGCCGCUUUGAUGUCCUGGCCCCACACCUGACCAAGAAACAUGGGCGCAACUACAUCGUGGUAGAUGAGAAGCGGGCAGUGGAGGAGUUGCUGGAGUCCUUGGACCUGGAGAAGAGCAGCUGGUGCAUGGGCCUGAGCCGGGUGUUCUUCCGAGCAGGCACAUUAGCACGACUGGAGGAGCAGCGGGAUGAGCAAACCAGCAGGCACCUGACCCUGUUCCAGGCGGCCUGCCGGGGCUACCUUGCCCGCCAGCAUUUCAAAAAGAGAAAGAUCCAGGACCUGGCCAUUCGCUGUGUGCAGAAGAACAUCAAGAAGAACAAAGGAGUGAAAGACUGGCCCUGGUGGAAGCUCUUUACCACUGUUCGGCCCCUCAUCGAAGUACAGCUCUCAGAGGAACAGAUCCGCAACAAAGACGAAGAGAUCCAACAGCUGAGAAGCAAACUUGAUAAAGUGGAGAAGGAGCGGAAUGAGCUGCGACUCAACAGUGACCGGCUGGAGACCCGGAUCUCGGAGCUGACAUCGGAGCUGACGGAUGAACGUAACACGGGAGAGUCCGCCUCCCAGCUGCUGGACGCAGAGACAGCUGAGAGGCUCCGAGCGGAGAAGGAGAUGAAGGAGCUGCAGACCCAGUAUGAUGCACUGAAGAAGCAAAUGGAGGUCAUGGAAAUGGAGGUCAUGGAGGCCCGGCUCAUCAGGGCGGCUGAGAUCAACGGGGAGGUGGAUGACGAUGAUGCAGGGGGCGAGUGGCGGCUGAAGUAUGAGCGAGCUGUGCGGGAGGUGGACUUCACCAAGAAGCGGCUCCAGCAGGAGUUAGAGGACAAGCUGGAGGCGGAGCAGCAGAGCAAGAGGCAGCUGGAGAGGCGGAUCGGGGACCUGCAGGCAGAUAGUGACGAGAGCCAGCGGGCUCUGCAGCAGCUUAAGAAGAAGUGCCAGCGGCUGACAGCCGAGCUGCAGGACACCAAGCUGCACCUGGAGGGCCAGCAGGUCCGAAACCAUGAGCUAGAGAAGAAGCAGAGGAGAUUUGACAGCGAGCUCUCACAAGCACAUGAGGAGGCCCAGCGAGAGAAGCUGCAGCGGGAGAAGCUGCAGCGGGAAAAGGACAUGCUGCUGGCUGAGGCAUUCAGCUUGAAGCAACAAAUGGAGGAAAAAGACAUGGACAUUGCAGGUUUCACCCAGAAGGUUGUUUCACUGGAAGCUGAGCUCCAGGACAUUUCUUCCCAAGAGUCCAAGGAUGAAGCCUCUCUGGCCAAGGUCAAGAAGCAGCUACGGGACCUAGAGGCCAAAGUCAAGGAUCAGGAAGAGGAGCUGGAUGAGCAGGCGGGGACCAUCCAGAUGCUGGAGCAGGCUAAGCUGCGUCUAGAGAUGGAGAUGGAGCGGAUGAGGCAGACACAUUCCAAAGAGAUGGAGAGUCGAGAUGAGGAGGUGGAGGAGGCCCGGCAGUCAUGUCAGAAGAAGUUAAAACAGAUGGAAGUGCAGCUUGAGGAAGAGUAUGAGGACAAACAGAAGGCACUUCGGGAGAAGCGGGAGCUGGAGAGCAAGCUCGCCACACUUAGUGACCAGGUGAGCCAGCGGGACUUUGAGUCAGAGAAGCGGCUGCGGAAGGACCUGAAGCGCACCAAGGCUUUGCUGGCAGAUGCCCAGAUCAUGCUGGACCACCUGAAGAACAAUGCUCCCAGCAAGAGGGAGAUCGCCCAGCUGAAGAACCAGCUGGAAGAGUCAGAGUUCACCUGUGCAGCAGCCGUAAAGGCACGGAAAGCAAUGGAGGUGGAGAUCGAAGACCUACAUCUGCAGAUUGAUGACAUCGCCAAGACCAAGACAGCGCUGGAGGAGCAGCUGAGCCGCCUUCAGCGUGAGAAGAAUGAGAUCCAGAACCGGCUAGAAGAGGAUCAGGAGGACAUGAAUGAGCUGAUGAAGAAGCACAAGGCCGCCGUGGCUCAGGCCUCACGAGACCUGGCGCAGAUGAAUGAUCUCCAGGCUCAGCUAGAAGAAGCCAACAAGGAGAAGCAAGAGCUGCAGGAGAAGCUCCAAGCCCUCCAGAGCCAGGUGGAGUUCCUGGAGCAGUCCAUGGUGGACAAGUCCCUGGUGAGCAGGCAGGAAGCAAAGAUCCGGGAGCUGGAGACACGCCUGGAGUUUGAAAGGACCCAAGUGAAGCGACUGGAGAGCCUGGCCAGCCGACUCAAGGAAAACAUGGAAAAGCUGACUGAGGAGCGGGAUCAGCACACUGCAGCUGAGAACCGAGAGAAAGAGCAGAAUAAGAGGCUACAGCGGCAGCUCAGGGACACCAAGGAGGAGAUGGGCGAGCUCGCCAGGAAGGAGGCAGAAGCAAGCCGCAAGAAGCAUGAACUGGAGAUGGACCUGGAGAGCCUGGAGGCUGCUAACCAGAGCCUGCAGGCUGAUCUAAAGCUGGCGUUCAAGCGUAUUGGGGACCUGCAGGCCGCCAUUGAGGAUGAGAUGGAGAGUGACGAGAAUGAGGACCUCAUCAACAGUUUGCAGGACAUGGUGACAAAGUAUCAGAAAAGAAAGAAUAAACUUGAGGGGGACUCGGAUGUGGACUCAGAGCUGGAGGACCGGGUCGACGGGGUCAAGUCCUGGUUGUCAAAAAACAAGGGACCUUCUAAGGCAGCUUCUGAUGAUGGCAGCUUGAAGAGUUCCAGAACGGGCCUAAACAGCCUCCCGAAGGAGGGCAAGGGAGUGGAGGAGAGGCCGGCCUCUGCACUGAGCUCACUCAGCUACCGCAAGAGGCUCACCCUGAAGGACUCCAUUGGGGGCACAGGGGACGAGGACUCGCUCUUCACCACCCUGAGCGAGCGCGCUGCCUCCCCCGAGAGGCCCCCCAGGAAGGCCCGCACAGGCCUGAGGGAAGAACCAGGCCAGGACAAGAGGUCCAAGGAGCCAGACGACUGUGGCUCCAUCUUCUCAGAGACCGGGAGCCGGGCCAGCAGGGGGCUGGAGAAGCGGUGGGGCUCAGACUUUGACCGAGCCUCAGCGGUCUCUGCACCGGUCAGCAGGGCUUCCUCAGCCACACGCCGUGGCUCUGGUGAGGAAGGAGCCCGCUCCUCCCUCAGCUUCUCGCUGUCGGGCUCACCCAGCUCCCGCCGCAGUACCUCCCGGCUGGACAGCCUGUCGAGGACCUUGAGUCCUUCCCAGAGCCAAACCUCAGGCCUGAGCCGAGAGAGCCCAGACUCUCGCCUGUCCCUGGGCCGGAGCUGCCUGGAUGAGUGGGACGAAGGAGCCAGUGUGGCCUUGAGUGAGGCACACUCACAGUUCAGCCACCCAUCGCUGGCCCGCAGUCUGUCCGUGCCACCCCGGCCACGUGGCUCAGCCUCCACCACUGAUGAACCUCUCAGCUCCGGUGUCCGCUCCGGCAGCCGUCACUCCUACCUGGACCCAGACCUGGAGGCCGCCAUCAACGAAGUCUUGAGCUACAAACCUGUCGCAUUCCAGCGGAGGAGUCUGGAACCUGACUCUGAGGAGGAUGACCAGAAGAGCAUCCGAAGUACCCGGAGUGCCCAGCUGGACCUCCCAGAGCGAGGCGCCAGCAUCCGCCGCUCUGCCUCUGCCGCUGACGUCUCUGGGUCACGUGGUGGCCACAAGAGCCGGAGCAAGCGCAGGAGCAGAAGGAGAAGCUCCAGCUCCAGCUCCAGCACCAGCUCCGAGGGUUCCUCAGAGCACAAGCGGCGGAAGAAGGGGCGCUCUCGGAAGAAGAAGUCUAAAUCAAGAAGGAGAACCAAGACAGAGUCCGAAUCCUCCUCAUCCUCAUCCAGUGGCUCCACUGUCUCAGGCCACAGCCGCUCAAGUGUGAAGAAGGGUCCGGCCGCGGGAAGUGAGGAGGCUGAGCGGCGGUCCAAGAAGGAGGAGAAGAAGCGCAAGAAAGAGGUGGACAGCCUGAUGAUGCGCUACCUGUACCGGCCCGAGAGCGACUAGUGUAGUAGCCCCACCAGCCACUGGAAGUCCCCUCCCCCUGGCCAGUCAGAUGAUGAGCACGACCUUCCGGACAGCACCUCCAGACCGCGAUACUCCC